UCAACCAUCUGGGCAAAACCGUCAUUUAAGCUUCCUCCGCCUAUAUAAAAUGCCAUCAAUCUAGGGUUUUUCUCCCCCAUUGGAAGAAGAACUGCACAAGAAUUAGCAGCCGCUUCUACAGCCUUUCUGUCUACUCACCUCUUCUCUCAGAAUGGAUUCUGCAAUUAAGCAUGCUGUGGUGGUGAAAGUCAUGGGACGUACAGGUUCAAGAGGGCAGGUGACUCAGGUUAGAGUCAAAUUUUUGGAUGAUCAGAAUCGGUUCAUCAUGAGGAACGUGAAGGGACCCGUGAGAGAAGGUGAUAUCCUCACUCUGCUCGAGUCCGAGAGAGAAGCUAGGAGGUUGCGUUGAUUCGGUCAUCUGUCCAACUCUGGUCAUACUAUCUUUCUUACAGAUUUUUGGCGACGACUAGGGUUGUGACUGUUGUUUUAGUAUCUAGUGGAAAUGGCAAUGUUUUUGAGUUCUGCAACUUAAUAUUUUCUACAAGUUUUCGUAUUAAAGACCUGAUUUUGAAGAUGUGGGUUAUAUUUAUUGGACGACUAGUAAUCUUAUGAAAUUGACUUGAUUUUGGCUUAAAUAUA